CAAAGGAGAUAUCGGACCACAUUUACCAGCUACCAACUGGAAGAGCUUGAAAGGGCAUUUCAGAAAACGCAUUAUCCAGACGUUUUCACAAGGGAAGAACUGGCAAUGAGAAUUGACUUAACAGAAGCUAGAGUACAGGUCUGGUUCCAGAAUAGAAGAGCCAAAUGGAGGAAGAAAGAG